AUGAGUUCUGCUCUUCUGGAAAACUUGGCCAAUGUGGAUGCCGGCGGCUGUCCAGCGCCAUUCAUCGGCGAGAGUCUCUAUCCCUAUCGAGGCGGUUUCUACGGGGGGCGAAAUUGUGCUCCAAACCCACUUGUCGACGCAUCCGAUACAGGCAACGUCUCGCGAUGCUGCAUACCUUGCCCGGUCUUCGACUACGUCUACGACGAUCAUUUCCAUGGCCAAUCCGAUGGCGCGGCUUGGGCGAACGUCGCCGGAUUCAUCCUCUGCGGCAUCCUUCUCAUAUCGUAUGCUGCUUUGCCGGCGAAGGUGACUCGUCGAUCGUUCCUCAACAUUAUCCUACUUAUCGGGAUCAUGAUGCUGGAGUUGGGAUUUAUUAUACCUCUUGGACAACAACCGGAACAGUGCUUCGAUCCUGUGACGCCGAAUGGGAUGAGAAGCUCGGCUACCUGUGCUGCGGGAGGCGGAUUUGCAACGUUUGGAGGCAUGGCACUGGUCUCUUGGGUGCUCGUCCGAGCAUUGUUUAUGCACCUGCAGAUAUGCUGGAGCAUCGUCCCUGAUCGGACAUACUACAUUGCUGCGAAUGUUGCUGUCUGGUCCAUCACGAUAGCUUUGACGUCCGCAGUCCUCGCGCAUGUCGGUGUUAGCUUCCGUUUUGGAGGUUACUGCCAUGUCAACGUGGGAUCCAUUUCGACGUACUGGGCCUGGUUGGUUGCAUUUGCGGGCAUCUCUCUCCUUUUGCAACUUGCUACCUUUGCAUACUGCCUUCAGGUCUACAUCUCGGCUGCAUUUGCAGGACGCCAGCAACUCACAGCUGGCAGCAACAAGUCGGGGUCAAUGAGCGGUACGACGCAGUCUCGAAACGCUCGGAUUACGGCCCGUCGAGUGUGGAAAGUACUGGCUCUCCAGUGGCGCUCCCUCGCGAUCGUCAUGAUAGCAAUCUUCACCACAGCCUUGGUGUGUGUGGUCUUCAUGGUGUACGACGACAAACUGACACAGGAAGCGUUUGUGAACACCGAUGCUCUCAUUCCGUGGAUACUGUGCAUUAUCGAAUUCCAGGACAAUAGUCGAUGCCUCAAUCUAACCGGGCCUAUCAUUCUUCCUCAGAAACUGGCGGUUGUCACGCUUUACUUCCUUGGCUUUGUGGGGAUCGAGGCCUUUCUGCUCUUGUUUCGAGUCGCGUUCAUGAAAUCCUGGCUAGACUUGUUACGGACGCCCUUUUGGAAGAAGAAGGCCAAGCGGAGCACCUGGACGGGCGAACGCGAUGCCACACCGCAUACCACCCCUCGGCGAGGCAAUGCUGUCCGGGGAGAGGAGAUUGACGGCGGAGACGAGACUUCGACCGAGGCUACCAAUGAGAGCUCCAAAGAGCAGGUUUAG